CCGUCCUCUUGGCUCCCCGCUAAGUCCUCGCUGCUCCUGGCUGCCGCCUCGCGCACACGCUGCCCUCAGACGGCAGCGGGACUCCUCGGCCGCUGGAGCACACCCUCGCCAAGGCCCUCCUGAACUCCCAGUAUUCUCACUAUAUUUAUACUUAACCGGAAAUGUUUCGUAAGGCUGGUUCUGGUUUGAUGUGGUGACCCCUCGACCAUCAUGCCUUGGAAAACUGUUACGUUUAUUUACUUCGAAUUGAACAGAAAAUGUAAUCAAAAGGUGCACUGAAGAUAAUUCUUCGUAAAAUUGUACAAAAGUUCUGACAAGAUUUGGUGAGAGGUGAGAAACGAAUUCAAAUUUGAAAGGAAUUUUGGCAAACUUCUUCAUCACAGACGUCAAGGAGAGACUGUAGCGGCGGAAACGUUCCAGACAUGAAGAACCCCCUCUGGCAGCAGAAGGCUCUGGCGCCUCUCCGGAGGUAUGGAUACCAGGAUUCUGGAUUCCAGUGUUUCGUGAUGGUGGCAAUCCUGGCUCUUAUACUCCCCACUGCCGUCCGAGCUUCCAGUACCCCUGUCACACCACCAGUCCACGACGACCCAGCUCGCCUGUCACCCUCGACAGUUGUCGACAAGUACCCGUCACCUGAUUUCCAAGACGGAGCCAAGGUCGAUGACUACCCUUCGCAUAUCCUUCAAGAUGAGACCCAAGUCACACAGGAGGAGGAGGAGUACCGACCCAGCUCCUUGAAGGACUAUCCUCGAGACUCUGAUGCCUCCGAGGGCUACGAGAACAUCUUCGUCAGGCCGCCGGUAGGUCCCCAGGACGCCGUCAGACGCCCGCGGCAGAAAGAGACUGUCUUCGAGGGCGUCAGAAAAACCGUUCUCCAUCAAGUAGAGCGCCAGGGGAGCGCGCUAGGUCGGGAUGCCAGUGCCAUGAACCUACAGUCACUGGAGGUGGCACUACUCUCCCUCGCCAUCCUCACCUUCGCCGUCUUCAUCAUCGACCUCGUCCAGGAUCUGCUCAGGGGGACCACCAGCGGACGUAGUCACCGAGGCUCUCAGGACGACGCCGACGACGGCCUGGCCGACCUGAUCGUCCUGACGCUGUCCUCCCUGGACACGGUGUCCUACGGCAGGGAGCACCCGGACUGUGGCAAGAAGCUCCUCUGUCACCUCAACCGCUCCGGCUGGCACACUGGCAUUCUUGGCACCGCCUCCAACUACUUCGUCAGCCUCCUCCUGACCGUGUACUCGCCGACCUCCGGCUUCCAGAAGAACCUGGAUGCCGCCAACUACGGCCGAGAGAGUGAGGAGUGUACGGACCGGUACUCCACCUGCCCCUCUGUCCUGGGCGACCUCCUGCCCUCCGCUCCGUGAUGCCCUCCACAUUCUCCACCUUCCCUCCAGCUCCUCUACCCUCCCUCACCUCCUCCACUCGCCCUGCCCUUAUCUCCCUCGCCAUAUUCAGCCCUCCGGAGGAAGAGGAGGGUUAUGUAUAUAACCCUUAUAUUAUAAGGGUGAUCUUAUAUGACCCUUAUAUUUUAUAUCAUGAAUAUUCGACGUUCUCAAUGCAACAAUAACAGGUGUCAGUUCUACUACAACAAUUGAUGUCACACCCAGCGCCACUACAGCUGUCGGCCCCACAACAACAGCUGUCGGCGCCACAUCAACAGCUGUCGGCGCCACAUCAACAGCUGUCGGCGCCACAUCAACAGCUGUCGGCGCCACAUCAACAGC